AUGAUUAGGUGCAACGCAGCAGAGGAUUUGUGUGUUUCUCUUAUUGAAAAAAGACAUGAAACUGAGAUGACAAUUGAUGACAGAACGAUGAGAAGUUUAACAGUGAGCACGGAGACGGGCAGAAAGCAGAGGACCUUCCACGUCUGUGACAUCAGACACACAGCAGUGAACCUGGGCACAAAUGUCAGUCUUUCUGCCUCACAAGACUUCCCUGCGCAGGUCACACACCCUCAGUUUGAGGCGGACAUCGAGGCGUUUCAGGCCCAUUACUCACAGGCUGCAGUCUCCGUCAAAGAGUUUGUAACAAUUAAUGAAGUGGAUGUUGAUCUCAUCGUCAAGUCUGACUUUUUUAAAGUACUUGUUACAAAAGCUUGGAACAUAGAUUCAUCUGAACCAAUCAUAAUACGGCUUCGCUUGUCCUUGUCUCAGUAUCUAGAAGGUCCUGCCCCCACAGUCCAGGUGUUUCAGCCGUCAAACAAACAGGAUUUUUGCAUCGGAAAACAACUUCAAAAUAUUUUGACAGCAUUUAUUCGUAACGAGUGGAGAAACUUUUCAAAUGAAAAGAUGGUCAGCCAUCUCAAAAAGACUCACAGCUGGUUCAGACCAUCAGGGACCAUCAAGAGGUUCAGAGCAAGACUCAACGUAUGGCAGCCGUCAUCAAAGUCGAAAGAGCCACAAAAACCCAGUGGAAAAAGUAGGAUUUUUUUGUCCAAUAUGAAACUUAAAAGCUACUCAAACACAAUCGCUUCAUAUGCCGUCAAAAACCCCAUGGGAGAGCUGUUCGCCUACACACCGAGCGGAGAACGAGUGAUGGUUUCAGCUUUAAAGUCGUCAGCGCAGCUCAGCACCAAACACCUGAUCGAUCUCCUGUUCUCCGCUCAGGCCAUCUCCCACUGCAAGGCCGUCCCCACUCUGCAGCACGGCUUCUUUGUACAGAUAAUGAAGUACGCAGAGCAAAGACUUCUGACACUAAACGAGUAUUGUGUCAUUUGUGACGAGAAGCACGUGUUUCAGACCGGCCCACUGUUAAAGCCUGCGGUUUGCACGAGGGAACUGUGUGCUUUUUCCUUUUACACACUUGGAGUCAUGUCUGAAGCUACAGAGGAGGUCGCGACUGGAGCAGAGGUGAUCGACCUGCUGGUGGCCAUGUGCAGAGCGGCUCUUCAGUCCAAACGCAAAAGCAUCAUUUUUGAGCCUUAUCCGUCGAUAGUGGAUCCAUGCGACCCCAAAUCCCACGUCUUCACUCCUAAGAGGAAGAACUAUGAAAGGUUGCAAGCUGCUUUGGACAGUGUCUUGUUGGUGAGACAGCUUUCACAGGGCCCAUACUGUGAUCUUAAAAAGCAAAUGGAUGAGAUGGACCCUUUAGCACAACCCUUAUUACAAUGGAUUUUAGAAAGCAACAGAUCUCAGAUGAUCAAGCUUCCACACAGCAGGCAACUAAAGUUCAUGCACACGCCUCACCAGUUCCUACUCAUCUGCAGUCCUCCUUACAAAGAAGUACGUUUUCAAAUGGCCAGAAAGUUGUAUGGCAGCACCUUCGCUUUCCAUGGUUCCCAUAUUGAAAACUGGCACUCUAUUUUGAGAAAUGGUUUGAUCAAUGCCUCUUUUACUAAAUUACAGCUUCAUGGAGCAGUUUAUGGAAAAGGGAUUUAUCUGAGUCCGAGCUCAGGGGUCUCCUUUGGUUAUUCAGACAUGGGCUACAGUCAACACAAUCUGUCAAGUAAAGAAGAACUGAAGAGUAAAUACAAUGGAAUCAACAGACCAAUGGAGGAGCCAGCGAACGCAGCAAACGCAAGAUUUCUCAAAAGCAAAAAUAUAAACUGCGUCGCACUUUGUGAAGUGGUUUUGUCCAAAGACCUUCAGCAGCACGGGAACAUUUGGGUUUGUCCAGUUCCAGACCAUGUUUGCAUCAGAUUCCUGUUUGUAUAUGAAAAUGGCCAAGUGGGAGAUGUCCACAUCAACACUCAGGAAGACCAAAUCCAUCAGGAAAUUAUGCAAGCAAUCAGCAGUGGCCCCUGCUGA